CGUCCCAAGCCGCAGCUACUGCCGAACGGUCGAGGAUUCAAUCAAGAUGAGUGGCCAUUCGAAGACGAAUACCGCAAUGCCGCCCUGCUCGAGAAGAUUAAAUAGUCAUGAUGGAGCCCGAAGCCGACCCGGACCGGCCUAUCGGUCUCAUGCGGCGACCCAAGACCGUGACAGAUAUUCUGGCAAACCUGCGUGCCUUCAGCGACGAAGCCCAAGACUCAGGGGGGCCACCACCACUUCCCGAGGAUCCCAUCCCGCUACCAGACUUCCCGCCGAAGCUCAAAUGCUAUGGAUGGACCAUGAUUCGCCGAGACGACAUCCCUGAUUUCAGCCCCGGUGUUUCUGGCAUUGUCGAGGGGGACGUGGGCUGAAACAGGGCCAUCGUCUACGAAUAUGUUCCGGGAUCACCGCAGGAUAUGACGUCUGCCAGUUCCAUCUCGACUUCUUUACGCGCUGGGCUUCUCCAUGGAGGCGUACAAGCCCGACAACUUGCGCGGCGGCAAACUGGUGGAUGUCAACGACAUCAGCUCGCCUUUCAUUGUCGGCUGGGUACGAACAUCUGCAAGCCCCUGGACGUUAAGACGUGGUUUUGGACGUUAGAGUUUAGGAAUGAGAGGACAGUGAGCCAGAAGCUCGUCCGGGGAACAACCGCGCGGGAUAAGGGACCGGGAAGAAAGGCUUCUCGACCAGAGGUUGC